GCUGGCGGGUGCGCGCCUGCAGGGACCGAAUUCGGAAUUCCGGGGCUUGGGUCCAUUUGCCCUUCGCUCGGCCCUGCAGAACGGAAGUGGGGGUCCUGGACUUCGAUCCCAGAACGACGCCAUCGGGAUGGCUUCCGUGAGGAUCCGAGAGGCCAAGGAGGGAGACUGUGGAACUAUCCUGAGAAUGAUUCGGGAACUAGCUGAGUACGAGAAACUCUCAGAUCAGGUGAAGAUCAGCGAAGAAGCCCUGAGAGCAGAUGGCUUUGGAGAGAAUCCUUUCUUUCACUGUUUGGUAGCAGAGAUUCUUCCCGCCCCCGGGGAAACACAGGGCCCUUGUGUGGUGGGCUUUGGGCUGUAUUACUUCGUCUACAGCACGUGGAAGGGACGAAACAUUUAUCUGGAAGACAUCUACGUGAUGCCAGAAUAUCGGGGUCAGGGGAUUGGUUCCAAAAUAAUAAAAAAGGUGGCUAAGGUGGCUCUGGAUAAGGGCUGCUCCCAGUUCCGCCUGGCAGUGCUUGACUGGAACAAGGGGGCCAUGGACUUAUAUAAGGCCCUGGGAGCCCAAGAUCUGACUGACGCUGAGGGCUGGCACUCCUUUCGCUUCGAAGGACAGGCGAUGAGAGAGCUGGCAGGAAAGUGAUGCUAUCCAUCCCUUGGGGAUCUCUCAAGCACUCCUCAGAGACCAUCUCCACAGACAGGGGCCUCCCUGAAAGAAGGGUUGGGGGUGAAUAUUUACAAAGUACAGAAAAGAGCAAAACUGAAGGAGAGGGUUUGUUGGUAGUGAAAAAUAAAUGAGAAUAUAUCCUAAUGUGGUGUUGCCCAGAGCAAUUGAUGACGCCAUAAGCUUUUGCCUCUUUACAGCCCUUCUAAAAAUGUUCUGGUCAAUGGAUGUUGUUCUUAGGGUAAAGGUGGGCUCGAGAUGACUUUAACUCUCAGUGCGUGAGUUUUGGCUUUGGCCUGUGAGUCAGCUUGGCAUAGCAGGGUUGUUACCAGGUUUGGGCCUCUGAUUCAAGCCUUCAGUGCACUGAGCUGUUUAGGAUCAAAGUCAGGCAGUUGCUCCACCUACUCAACAGAUGGAGGAGGCUGCCACCUGGUGGCAUAUCAGUGGCACUGGGAAUGACCACAUACCCCAACUUUUAAAUCGUCUCAGCCACUUAGUGUUUUUUCUAUUUCAAAAGUCACAAAGUCUUUAUUUUCAGUUCUAACUAAACCUCUAGGGUCCAUGCUGAUAAGAAGGGA